AUGGGGUGCAACGUAUAGAAAACGAUGAGUUAAUAAAACAAACAUAUUCAAACUACCUAAAAAUUUUAUGAAAGUGCUAUUAUUGUUGAUGAAAAUCAAGGCUUGAUUAAUGGGAAAAAAUGUGAUUUUGAAGAAACAGGUAAUUUUAUGGCUCAAGAAACCCAAAUCAGCAGAAGACUUCAAGGGAUGAUCAAUGCUGAUGAACUCCAAAAUUUCAUCAAUAGAAAGCAUAGCAUCGUAUCGAACCCUUUUGAAUAUAUCAAAAAGUCUUCAAAAUAAAGAAAAACCCAGUCUUUGAUGACCAGCCCAAGAAAAUUGUGA